AUGGAAAACCACGGCUUAGUUGUCAGGAAGUUGGAGGACAAGGACUCCCAAAGUUUGCGGGACUGGGCCGACAGGGCGGCCAUGGUUAAGGCCAAGUUAGCGAAGCUGGAUGGUCCUGCUUUGCGUGGCAUCCUCGGCAGGGAAUACCACGACAUUUUCGGCGCCUUGACAUACCGGCCCGCCGGAGCACGGCCUCCCGUGCCCAUGGAGGAGUUGGAAGAGCCCGAUGACGAUACUCGGCGAUGUAGCGCUGCCGAAUCUCGCACCCCAACGCAGCCAAACACGAUGGCAAGUUCUGCGCGGUGCCCGCGCGGAAGCAGUUGCCGGUCCGACACCGACACACAGCAGCUUUUGAAGACGUCCGCCCACGAUUCCCGCGCAUGGUCAAGGCCAGAUCAUGCAUCACCUUCCGCCCGUCACGCAGUGAACGAUCCCAACAACCCGAAACCGCCGUUAACGCCGGCCGCUUCGUCGCCUUCCGAAACCUCCCCCGGGUACCAGCUCUUCGCCGCCGAGCUCGGCCAACGUCUGCGCAAGCUGCAGUCAUUCACCACUCCGGAGUCCGUCCAGGCCUCCAUUAGGAAGCGCUGGCAGGCGCUUAGCGCCCAGGACCGGCAGUACUACGAUGCAAAGGCUGCGCGGAUGCGCUCUUCAGCUGUCCCGUUCGAUCCGCGCCAGGAUCGCUUACCGUUGUCCCCGAAGGCCUCGCCCAAUCCUCCGUUACCUCUGACCCAACCGGCGGCGCGAUCGACUCCUCGCGACGGCGGACACGCCGUGCCCGACAGCAGCAGGUGGCGUCAGCCGAGGCCACCGGCCUCGACUCCGAGACCUCGCCCUACCCCGUAUGCAGCGGCGGCGGCUGCCAAGCCACCACCAUCUCGUGCGUUGGCGCCUGUUUCAUCGAGCCGCCUGAACUCGGCCGCGUCAAGAGGGGUCCAACCGAGAAUCAAGGCGGAGAAGCCGCCGCAUGGGACUUCUUCGCGGGGCGCCAAGGGCAAGGCUGUCGGCGUCAUCGACUUGACGGGAGGUAGCCAAGCGAGAAUCAAGGCGGAGAAGCUGCCGCAUGGAACUUCUUCGCGGGGCGGUCGGCGUAAGGCUGUCGAAGUCGUUGACCUAACGGGCGAGGACUGACGGCUUGGAUCACCCUUGGAUUACCUUACACAUUUUGUAAUUGCCGUAUAACAUCCAUUACACGCCUUGUGUACGCGGGAAUCCACACGAGCUUGCAUAUUCUUGUUGG